AAAAGACAAGAAAAAUAGAACUUGUGAGCGUUAUGAACAUACAUGUGCAACACUACAAAAACUUUGUGAGCAUCUUAAUAGACAGAAUCCAUGCAGAUCCCUCAUUUCUCCAGUACUUUUACCUCAGCACCAAAGUACUUUGCCUAUACUGAGAAAACCAAAAGUUUUAGAUAUACCUGAAAUGAUACAAAAUCCAGAGCAAAAUGCUAAUGACAAAAAGCCAGAACAAGAAUUCUUUGGAGAACCUGAAAUUGAAAUAGAAAGACAAGUAUCACACCCUGUUAAAAGUCAAUUUAUAAAACUCCCUAAAACUAGUCCCAAAACUCAAGCUCAUCAGGAGAAAAAAAAUGAACAAUCUAAAAAAACUUCUUUAGAAAUAGACCUAACAAAUGAAGAAUUUGAACGUCUCAGUAUGAUUACUGGAGAUCACGAAAAAAGCAUAAUAUUUAGAGAGCAAAUUUUAGGAAAAGCACUAAAAAGAUGA